GGAUUCCUUCAUAAACAACGUGUGAAACUCAACACUGUCUUGCGCUUUCUCUCUCUCUCCCUCCCUCACAGUUCAUAUUAAAAAGAAGCAGAUUCUUUGAGAUCUAAUCCUUCUCACUUUCUUGCUGUGCUAUCUUUUCUUAUAUCUCUAUUAGAUUUUGCCCAUUUCGGAUUUUUUUCAUUGAAAUCCAAUUUGAUCAUUUUUGAAGUGUUUUGUGUUAUUCAUUCAAUUGAAUAGAGCACCCCCCUCUGAUGGUAGCAACGAGACCGAUUUAUUUGGUGUGAGAUUGACUAGGAUAGGGAGAUUUGUGUGAAAACAAUUUGUGAAGAAUCAUAGUGCAAAAUAAGGAUGAGGGGAAGAUCUGAUGGAGGCCAAAAGAAGAGAUUAAUCACCUCGCUCGUUGUUGUGGCAAUCUUUCUUGGUUUUCUCUAUGUAUAUUAUGGAUCUAUUUUUGGGUCUUCAAGCAAUGGCGCUUCAGUUCUUGAAUAUGGCAGUAAAUCUCUGAGAAAGUUUGGAUCUUCAUAUUUGGGUGGAGAUGAUGAAGCUGUUGGCAAGCAAUAUGAAUCUUCAACAAAACUUGGACUGGAGGAUGGAGAAGAUGUUGCACCAAAAACAUUCCCGGUCUGCGAUGAUCGACAUUUGGAAUUGAUUCCAUGCUUAGACAGAAAUAUCAUAUACCAAAUGAGAUUAAAGCUUGACUUGUCGGUGAUGGAGCACUAUGAACGUCACUGCCCGCCUCCCGAAAGGAGAUAUAAUUGCUUGAUUCCUCCUCCUCCAGGAUACAAGAUUCCAAUUAAGUGGCCUCAAAGCAGAGAUGAAGUGUGGAAGGCAAAUAUUCCCCAUACUCACCUUGCACAUGAAAAGUCUGACCAGAAUUGGAUGGUUGUACAAGGUGAAAAGAUAGUUUUCCCAGGGGGAGGCACCCAUUUUCACUAUGGAGCUGACAAGUAUAUUGCUUCAAUCGCAAAUAUGCUCAACUUUUCACACAACAAUUUAAAUAAUGAAGGGACACUUCGUACAGUUCUCGAUGUUGGUUGUGGCGUUGCAAGUUUUGGAGCAUAUCUUCUUUCUUCUGAUAUCAUAGCAAUGUCAUUAGCACCCAAUGAUGUGCAUCAAAAUCAAAUCCAAUUUGCCUUGGAAAGAGGAAUUCCUGCAUAUCUCGGUGUUCUAGGGACCAAAAGGCUCCCUUACCCGAGCAGAUCAUUCGAACUUGCUCACUGUUCUCGCUGUAGGAUUGAUUGGCUUCAAAGGGAUGGGAUUCUUCUUCUUGAGCUAGACCGGUUACUUAGACCAGGAGGCUAUUUUGCCUACUCGUCUCCGGAAGCUUAUGCACAAGAUGAGGAGGAUCUCCGAAUAUGGAGGGAGAUGAGUGCCCUUGUGAAACGUAUGUGUUGGAGAAUAGCUGCGAAGAGGAACCAAACUGUCAUUUGGAAAAAGCCUUUAACAAAUGAUUGUUAUAUGGAACGAGAACCUGGUACAAAUCCCCCCCUCUGCCGUUCCGAUGAUGAUCCAGAUGCAGUUUGGGGUGUGCGAAUGGAAGCUUGUAUCACUCCUUAUUCUGAUCAUGACCAGAAGGCCAAGGGAAGUGGUUUGGCUCCGUGGCCAGCCAGAUUGACAUCUCCUCCUCCAAGGCUUGCUGAUUUUGGUUAUUCGAACGAAAUGUUCGAAAAAGACACGGAAACUUGGCGCCGUCAGGUAGAGAGUUAUUGGAAUCUCUUGAGUCCUAAGAUUGAGGAUGAUAGUUUGAGGAAUUUGAUGGACAUGAAAGCACACAUGGGAUCUUUUGCGGCUGCUCUAAAAGACAAGAAUGUUUGGGUGAUGAAUGUCAUCCCGGAGGAUGGACCGAACACGCUUAAGUUGAUAUAUGACAGAGGCCUCAUUGGCUCUACUCAUGACUGGUGUGAAGCCUUUUCCACGUACCCUCGAACAUAUGAUUUACUCCAUGCUUGGACAGUCUUUUCGGAUAUUGAGAAGAAGGGCUGCAGUGCUGAGGAUUUAUUACUCGAGAUGGAUCGUAUUCUUCGCCCCAGUGGUUUCAUAAUCAUUCGGGAUAAUCAACGGGUGAUAGAUUCCGUAAGGAAGUAUUUAUCAGCUUUGCACUGGGAAGCAGUAGCAACAGCUGAUUCCAGUUCGGAUUCAGAACAUGAAGGGGACGAUGUCGUGUUUAUCGUCCAAAAGAAAUUGUGGCUGACAAGUGAAAGCGUCCGGAACUCCGAGUAG